GCUACAGUUGACACAUUUAUUGGAUAAUCAACUAUAGACAAUGUCAACAGGAAACAAUUCAGCCAACAGGAAUUGGCUACUACGAAUGUUCCAUCACCAACGUCAACCAGACUAUGAAGCAUUACCCAACGAAGAUACAACUCCUUCCACCACAUCCUCCGGAACAGGUGCGGGCCGCUCCACACACAUGCCUGGUUCAUUCCCAGAAACAGACACAACCACCCUCCUCACUCCUCAAAAUGCAAGAUUAAACACGCUUACAACUUGGAUAAACUAUCUUGUCAUACAACCCUUCAUUCUUGUUAUUCGGAUUUUAUUCCGAAUCAUAUCAAAGAUCUACAACUUGCUAUUCACUUAUACGUCACCUACAAUUGAUCCUAUAGCGAAAGUAAACAAAUUCAUCCUUGAUUUAGAAGACGAACUUGAUCCUGGUGAAGCACAAACACUUCCGCCAUUUUUUCAAGGUAGUUAUACCCAAGCAUUGUACAUGGCAACUCAAAGAGCGAAAUUCUUGUUUGUAUAUUUGACAAACGGACAUAACGAGAGUUCUAGUCAAGUGUUUGAACAAAUAAUUAUCAAUCCUAGAUUCGUGGAAUUGUUCUCUGAUAAUGUUAUAAUAUGGGGCGGCGAUUUGACUAAUCCCGAAGCUUACCAAUUGGCCAAUAGUUUGAAUGUCACUCGAUUCCCAUUCUUAGGAUUGUUGUGUUUGACUAGAACUACAACUAUGUCUCCAUCGGGCCCCGUGAAAACUCCAGCUAAGAUAAGUCUAGUGGCACGUGUACAAGGUGGUAUCCGUAGCGACUGUAAUGUGAAUGAAUUAAUACGAAACAAAUUUAUUAAUAAAUUAGAUAAAUAUGGCGGAGAGCUAAAUCAGAUACGAAUGGAGCUCCAGGAAAAGUUUUUGAAUCAAGUAUUGAUCAAGCAACAAGAAUUGAAUUAUCAAAUGUCGUUAGAAAAGGAUAGAUUAAAGAAACUAGAAAAGGAGCGGGAGAAGUUGACUAAAUUGUACCUUGCAUACCAUGCUUCAAAAUACCACGAGUUAGGAGUAGCACACCCAGGUUGCGCUAAGAUUGCCCUUAAAAUGGUUGAUGGGACAAGAAAUGUGGCUUACUUUCCCAAGGAUAUGAAAGUAGAAGAUGUGUUUAUGUAUGUUGAAUUGUUAAACCGGGGGUAUUUACAUGAUAGAGAAUUAACAUCAACAUUAACAGAGCAAGAGGCUGCUACCAAGUUCAAAUCAUUCACCAUGGAGUACAAAUUCAAGUUGUCGUCGCCAUUGCCUCCUAAAACUACGUUGAAUGAAAUGAGAGAUUGCAAAAUACAAGAUGUGGAUAUAGUAUAUCCCAGUGGCUUAUUAAUAGUGGAGGAAAUAUAGUCCAUUUUUUUUUUCUAUAUAGAAUUCACAUACUUAUUUAGUUACCUUCCCCUUCUUUUUCUUCUUUUCCUUCUUUUUUAAUCCCACAAACCCAGCCCGUAAGAUGGGGAUAUAAUCUUGCCAAAAUUGUUCCAAUGCUUGUGGCUCAACAAUAGUCGACAACUUGUAUUUACUCUUUUGAUCAUUCUUGUCUUUACCAUUCAUGGAAAUUCGAAUUAGGACGGGAUAUGUGCUUGUGUUGUUCCCUUCUGUUUCAAUGACAUUGGAGGGUAAAUCAGCUGUGGUGGCAUCAGUGGUUGAAUCUAAUGGUAAAGCAGGUGAUAAUCGCUUUUGCGUGAAAUAUACCGAUUUUUUACCAUUAUUAGUAGAUAAUACCUUGGUUAAUUCUUUAAUAAAUUCGGCGUUAUCCACUCUGGUCAUUUUUAGGUGGAUUUGCUAUGUGUAUAUGUGUUUGCAAUAGUGAAUCUAUUCCAGUUGUGGC